GUAGAAAAUCAUAGUUUUCUAUUUUGUUGCUGGUGUAAAUAUGAUUACUGUGAGACGAAUCAAAAAUCCCAAAAUACUACGAUGGUGAUGUUUGAAUUAACUUAAAAAUGUCAGGAAAGCUCUUUUAUCUGCAACAGUGUAGUGGUAAACCUCCCAGAUGACACGAGCUGAAAUGUCUGUUUAAACACUGGCUUCGUAGACACAGACGGCCCAAAAAUGGAUCUCUGUUGAUCCGUGCUCCCCCAUCGAGCUGCAAUUCCUAUAUGUAAAUUUACAAACGACACAACACUUCAUUCUACUUUGUUCCGAAUUAGCACAGGAAAUUGCUAGUAAGCUGAUGACUUGGUUGGCUACUUAAAAAUGGAGCAAUGUAACAAACCAAUGCUAACCUCACUAUUACUCUUUCAUUCAGUUAUAAAGGUAGUUGAAGCUAAUGUGGCUAAUAGCACAGGCUGUGGUGAAUCCAAACUGAAGAUGACAAUUGGAACAGAAACCUGUAGGAAUCCUCCUUGCUGCAGUAGUUGAUUUAUAAAAUAUUUAUAUAUAUAUACAAAGUUACCAGAAAUACAGAACGUGCACAGGGUGGCAUCUUAAGACAUCUGCAUGGAUCGCAUUGCUGUUUACACUGCAAAAAUAGGUUAACUAUGCACCAGACCCAUGUUUGUUUAGAAACAGAAUUUUAUUAUAGAAUGAUUCUUUUUUGCCCCAUAGUUGCAACAUUUAUUUGUAUCAACAUCAAAUUAACAGAUAAACUGUGGCACAUUAAAGACAAAAAGUUUAUAAAAAUACUGUGAACUGUUUUGUCAAACAGGUGACAGUACAGGCCUCAUUUUCUCCCUAAAGAGGGAAAUUUAUUGAUAACUUUCUAAUGCAGAAAAAUUGUCCUGUUGUAAUCAAUCAUAUUUUAUGCUCUUACAUUGAAAGAACCCUUGAUAAAAUGUUGUGAAGCCAAGUAUUUUUCUUAGCAUUGAGUUUGAAAUUUUAGUAUUGUGACAACCCUAAUAGAUGCUGCAUUACAAAGGGUCUCGACUAUGAAUUGAGUGAUACUGCUCUGGAGAACUGUUUUCUAUUUAAUUUGAUUCAACCCUUAUCAGUUAAUCCAAUCAGCCGUUAGUCUCGGUAAAUAAAAGGAAUGUUAAAAGGUGUGUGAGCUAACUUGAUUGUAGGAGAGACUACUGCAAAAGACUGGAUAAACAGACUUGGCAAAGUUGUGCUACUAUAUGUGGUGGCCAACGUACUUAUUUAAAAAAAAAGAGGCGGAAUUAAUUUGAUCUCAUGAGAAGUCAGGUCUUUUUGUGCCUUUUUAAUAUUUGGCAUAUUAAACUCACAAGUAGCUAUUUAGAUGUCGCUAUUUACCAUGUGCAUUGCAAAAGUUGUGGACGUGCUCUGGCCGAGAGAGUCCUGAAAGGAGGGGGCUGAGGGACAUGUCAGCACAUAGCUGAGGUCCACGUGGCCACUAGUCUCCUCCCCCUCCAGCCUUCCGCUGCCGCUGUGGCAUCCCCCCCCUUCCUCCUGCUCUAGUUUCCUCUGCUUGCAGAAGGCGUGAGCGGAAAUCUGAAAGUGACUUUAGCCUUCGUGUGUUAAAGUAAUGGAGGGGGGAGUUUCUUGAGCAAGCUGCUGCUUAUUUGAUAAUGUGAACCUUUUUCUUUUCUUUUUUUUAACUGGAAGCCCUCCCAUUCGCACCAUGCCCCUCCUCCUCUCUCAGGCCUCUUUUAUCUGUGUGUGAGUCUCUGUGGGCGGGGGUGCACAUUCCAACUCCAUAGCUCUACAAGGCCAGUCUCUUUCUCCCUUUUUUCCCUUCCUGUUCUGUUCAGCUCAGGACAGAGGGCUGAUCAGGCUGCUAGCUAGCUUACAGACAGUCAGGCCUGGCUCAAUGCGGUUCUAUUCUGCUGGACUGUUUGCCUGGCAGUGCGUUAUGCGAGUGAAACCAAGGUAAAGCUACUUUGUGUCCAACCCCCACCCUGCUUUGUGGAGUUGAAAGUCCAGCAUAAAGCCAGCAGGAGCUGCUACUCCAGCACUGGGAUGAGAGGCCCACCAGGGUUUGUACUGCUUCUGGGAAGGACUUGCAAACAAAACCGGACCAGGUAAAGAUAAGAAUAAGAGAUCCUAAUCGAGGAGGCCAGGAUAUCACAGAGGAGAUUAUGUCUGGGGGCCGCAGUGGCUCUACCCCAACGCCCCCACAGACGGCCAUAUCUGGAUUGGAGAAUACAGCGUUGCCUCAGGCCAACGGUGACAGUAUCUCUGCUGCUGCUACAACGCCGCUGGUUAGACCAGAUGACGGAGGGAAACUUACGCCACCUUCUUUGUCACAGACCCCUGAGCUUCCCAAGGUUGACCCCAUCCUCAGUGAGACCCCUUCCUCUGCUGUCAAGGUGUCUUCCCCCCCUCCACUCUUCGAAUCCACACACCCUCCUCUCAGCAAACCUUCACCUUCUGCUCCUGCUGCUGAUGUGAUGGAGACUCCCUCACCUCAAAGAGAACCCACACCCAGCCCCCCAUCAGCACCUGAGAUCCCUGCCUACCCUGCACCCCUUCCUGACCCUUCCCCCACCUGUUCUGCACAGAGCAAAACAGAAAACACAGACCAGGUUGUAGAACAGGAGGACUCUGGAGAGGAAGAGACUAAAGUCGAAGAGACACAAGCCUCUUUAGACUCAUCAAGUGCUCAGGCCCCCAGUUCUAACGGUGUGGCAGAAAUGGAGCUUGAGAAGUCAUCGGUUACUGUAACUCCCACUCACUCGGAGGACACUUUAGAAUCUCCCAUUGCUCAGCCUGAGGAGCUCAGCCUGCGUUUACCUAAUGGCCUCCCGUUACCAGCUGCUCAGAUCCCCCAUGGAUCUGCAGUCGACAUGUCUGAGCGCGACGACAGCCCUAUUGCUGAGCCCGAUGAUGUAAGUCAGGAGCCUGUCACACAAAGCUGUGCCGCUGAGGCAGCUGAGAAACAAACUGUUACGGCCACGCCUGCUGCUGUCGACCAAUUAGCAUCUGCUCCCGCUGUCGAAGAAGUUCCAACCAAACCGGUUGUCCUGACCAAACCCUCUGAAUCAGAGUUACAGGAUGUUGUGACCGAGGUUGUCUCUGAGGUUGAGGAAGAUGCAGCACAGCUCCAGAAGGACACCAAGGAAGAAACGCAGUUGCCUAUGGAAACGGUUCUCUCAGCUGAUAACGCAUCUGAGACGAUCUCUACUCCUCCUCCUCCCACAGCAGAGGAGAAGGAGGAGGCUCCCAGUCCACCGACUGUCGCCCCAUCCCAUGUGGAAUCUACUAUGCAAGCUGCUGUGUCUGUGCCAAAGAAGAAGAGGAAGAUGAAGGAUCUGAACAAGAAGGAGGCGGUUGGAGACCUACUAGAUGCCUUUAAAGAGGAGCAGGUAGUUGACCAGCCUGAGCCUGAGCCGACACCUGCCCCACCACCAGAGCCAAAGCCCCCAGCUGCAGCCCCUCCUGCACAAGAGGAGGCAGACCUGACCUGGGAGGAUAAAGAGGACAAGCUGGAUGCAGAGAACAUCGAGCCGGCCGCCACCGACAAGAAGUACCAGUACAAAGAGGAGCAAUGGAAGCCAAUUAACAAAGAAGAGAAGAAGAAAUAUGACAGAGAGUUUCUUCUUGAGUUCCAGUUCAUCUCUGCCAGUAUGAACAAGCCCGAGGGUUUACCAGCCAUCAGCGAUGUCGUCUUAGACAAGGCAAACAAGACUCCUCUUCGCCAGCUUGACCCGAGUCGUCUUCCAGGAAUGAACUGUGGUCCUGAUUUCACACCCUCCUUCGCCAACCUUGGCAGGCCUGGAAUGGGAGGAGGAAACAGAGGACCUCCCCCUGGUAUGGGCAUUGGAGUGGGCGGGCCCCGACGUUCUCAGCAGGUCCAGAGGAAAGAGCCGAGGAAGAUCAUCACCAGCAUGUCGCUCAGCGAUGACAUUCAGCUCAACAAGGCGGAAAAGGCCUGGAAACCUUCAGUAAAGAAACCCACCCGGAGCCGGGAGCCAGAGGAGCCGCAGGAAAACGAUCCCGAGCUGAUGAAAACGCAGGAGCUGUUCAAGCGUGUCCGAAGUAUCCUCAACAAACUCACCCCACAAAAGUUCCAGCAGCUAAUGAAGCAGGUGCAAGAACUGACUGUCGACACCGAGGAGAGGUUAAAAGGAGUGAUAGACCUUACCUUUGAGAAGGCCAUCUCCGAGCCAGACUUUUCAGUGGCCUAUGCAAACAUGUGUCGCUGUCUUUCUGGGCUGAAAGUCAUAACGCCAGAUAAGCCUGGUGCCACUGUGAAUUUCCGCAAGCUGCUGCUAAACCGGUGCCAGAAGGAGUUUGAGAAGGAUAAAGAUGAUGAUGAGAUCUUUGAGAAGAAACAGAAAGAGCUGGAAGCUGCCUCAGGGGACGAGGUGAAGCAGCGGCUAAUCGAGGAGCUGGAAGACGCUAAAGACAAGGCCAGGCGGCGCUCGCUUGGGAACAUAAAGUUCAUCGGGGAACUUUUCAAGCUCAAAAUGCUCACAGAGGUAAUCAUGCACGACUGCAUUGUAAAGCUGCUCAAAAACCACGACGAGGAGUCACUGGAGUGCCUGUGCAGACUGUUGUCCACCAUUGGCAAGGAUCUGGACUUUGAGAAAGCCAAGCCUCGGAUGGACCAGUACUUCAAUCAGAUGGAGAAAAUAAUAAAGGAGAGGAAGACCACCUCCAGGAUCCGGUUCAUGUUACAAGAUGUGCUGGACCUCCGACGGAACAACUGGGUACCCCGGAGAGGCGACCAGGGCCCUAAGACCAUCGACCAGAUCCACAAAGAGGCUGAGAUGGAGGAACACCGGGAGCAUAUGAAGGUGCAGCAGGCUCUCAUCUCCAAGAAGGAGUCUGGUGGAGGAGGCCCAGGGGGCAGAAUGGGGGAAAGAGGUUCCGGAGGCCGAGGUGGUCCUCACAACCCAGGCCGGGGAGCUCCGCCUCAGGAUGAGGGCUGGAACACAGUCCCCAUCUCCAAGAACCGACCCAUCGACACCUCUCGCCUUAGUAAAAUCACUAAGACUCCUGUUCUUGACUUCAACAAUCAGCUACUUGCCCCUGGUGGUAAGGGCACCUGGGGCAGCUGGGGGAAGGGCAGCAGCGGUGGCACCAGUGCCAAACCUUCAGAUUCUGGUUCAGAGUCUGGAAACCGUCCAGCCACCAGCACUCUGAAUAGGUUUUCUGCAUUGCAGCAGCCUUCAUCCUCAUCACAAGAGUUGGAUAGAAGGGUUCCUCAGAGAAAUAGCUCAAGUCGAGAGCGCAGCGACCGCUUCGACCGCUCCGAUCGAGGUGGCGAUCGCUUCGACAGAAGGGAUGAGCGAAGAGAUGACCGAAACCGGAUCCAGGUCACCAAACGGAGCUUCAGCCGGGAGAAAGAGGAACGAAGCCGGGAAAGAGAGCAACGCAGCUCAGCUGAUCCGGUCCGCCGAGUGGCGAGCGUGACCGAAGAGCGAGACCGAAGCAGUAGCGAGAGAGCCAGGAGCAAAGAGCAAGUGAAGCGGCAGGCAGCUGCCACUCCGCCACCUCAGCAGACCCCUGCUAAGCCUGCACUGACCGUUGCCGAGAUGGAAAAGAAGUCGGCAGCCAUCAUAGAGGAGUACCUCCACAUCAACGACAUGAAGGAAGCCCUGCAGUGUGUGCGGGAGAUGAACAGCGAUGAGCUGCUGUUUGUGUUCGUACGGCACGGACUGGAGUCCACCCUAGAGCGCAGCACCAUCGCCAGGGAGCACAUGGGCCAGUUGCUGCACCAGCUAAUUAAGACCGGCAUCCUCCCAACACAACAGUACUAUAAAGGGUUUCAAGAGAUUCUGGAGGUUGCUGAAGACAUGGCAAUAGACAUCCCCCACAUCUUUCUCUACCUGGCAGAACUGAUCACUCCCAUGCUGCACGAGGGAGGCAUUCCCAUGGGAGAACUGUUCAGGGAGAUCUCUAAGCCCUUGAUCCCAAUGGCCAAAGCUGGAGUCCUGCUGGUCCAAAUCCUCACUUUACUUUGCAAAGAAAUGAGCCAUAAAAAGGCUGGCACCAUGUGGAGAGAAGCUGGCCUUCGAUGGACAGACUUCCUGCCUGAAGACGUGGACGUUAACAAGUUUGUGACAGAGAAGAACGUUGAGUUCACUCUGGGCGAAGAGUCGGAGAAGAGCAGGAAGGAGAUGAGCUCAGCAGAGCUGACCAAGCAGCUGGACAGACUGCUUCAGGACAAGGCGGACAAUGAGAGGAUCUUUGACUGGAUCGAGGCCAAUCUAGAUGAGCAACAAAUGUCGUCUAGCAUGUUCGUCCGGACUCUGAUGACCUGCGUCUGUCAGUCAGCCAUUAUUUGUGAGAACCCAUACAAAGUGGACGGUGAAGUAAUCAAGCAGAGGGCCAAGCUGCUGCAGAGGUACCUGAAGGACGAGCAGAGGGAGCUGCAGGCUCUCUACAGCCUGCAGGCCCUGAUGGUGCAGAUGGAGCAGCCUGCCAAUUUGCUUCGGAUGUUCUUUGACACCCUUUACGACGAGGAUGUGAUCAAAGAGGAAGCCUUCUACAAGUGGGAGUCCAGCAAAGAUCCCGCCGAGCAGCAGGGCAAGGGAGUGGCCCUCAAGUCCGUCACUGCCUUCUUCACGUGGCUCCGGGAAGCGGAAGACGAAUCCGAUAACAGCUAAGAAUGCUUCAGGGAACCUGGAGGCUCCUUGGAAGGGUGGGGAACGUUUGAUGGACGAUUCAGAAGCGCCUGAUGGGGCAAAACCUUCUGCAUAAACCGAAAAAAAGAGAAAAAAAAUUCUUCAAAUGGGAGAGAUUGUAUUAUGGAUCGAACAUUCGGUCAUUUUAUUUUGUUCCUUUUUUCUUUUUGGGGUUUCUUGUAAUUACCCCAGCAACAGAAUGUCUUUUUUUCUCAUAAGAAAACUACAGGAUUAAAUAGAGAGGAUAUAUAAGAGACAAUUGUUACAAGCUGUUGAAGAUGGUGCAGUGAGGUUUGAGCUUGUUUGCGAAUGGCUUUUUCCUCAACACAGCAACACUAUUCAAAUCGUAUUUGCCUAAUAAGCGUUUCAAGAGAAAAGCGAAAUGUUGAUCCCAUCUAUAUUUUUGAUGAAUUCAUCUUUUAUCAUGUAGGCCGGCCGCAGCAGCUCAGUGCGUCCGAUCUGCAUGGUGGGCUUAUGUAGAUGAGUAGCUUUUUGUUAUUUCCAGUGUUGGCUGAAUGAAUCGAGUGUUUCCUUUUUUUUAUAAUAAAAUAACAAAACUACAAAGAGAAGCGGCGAGGGACGUCUGGCACAUUUCAGACAUUUCAGUGAUGGUUCUGAACAUUAGGCUUGACACGGGACAGUAUCAUUGAGGAAAGAUUUGAUGGACUCUACUGCACCUCUGGUGGCGGGAGGAUGACGAUGCUUCCUGCAAAGACCCGCUGAACCCGCAUCCCGACCUGCCGAUGCAGCCGCCUGGCUCGUUUCCUUCGCUUCAGAAACAAAACUAUGGACUGAGAAAGAGCUGGUUCGCAGCUGCAAUCCCCUCCAGAGCUUGUCAUCGGAUUUUAAAAAGAAAAAUAUCAGAUAAAACUUGAAUAAAGCAUAUAGAGAAAACAAAAUCACUUUGAGAUAGGACUUUUAAGAAAAAAAAAAAAAGUUUAACUGCAAAUUCUAAGGCCUUUUGUUGCUUCCAUGAGUGGAAUUUCAGGAGAGCUCUGUAAAUACAAGAUGGCUAGUUUUUCCUGUUUUUUCAAAGAAAAGAUGCUAAUGUAACCCCUCUCCUCUGAAAUGAAGCUUCAGUUUUUCCCUGUAUUUAUAUUUUUCUCUCCUCAGCUGGCAGAAGGUGCUUGUAAUUAUCCAACCCACUGAUUACAGUUUAAUUGAAAAUGUGUAAAUACUUUUUUGCUUUUCUUUAUUAAAAAGAUAUUUAAUUAAAGAAAAAUGAAAAUGGA